AUUGAUGUUUGACCUAGUCGUGACGAGCUGGAAGAUUUGAUAGCCUUUGGAAGGUACCACGGCACGUAGAGAUAUUUACUCUGUCGUCCCACAAACAAAAUUACUGUCUGCGAGAAUGAAGUGGUUUGAAGGAAGCGUAGCAGAUGCCAUUUCUUCUGCACAGCAGAAACGCUGCCUGUUCAUCGUAUUUGCAGCAGAUGAACAACCGGCGUCUGUAUCGACGCAAGAAAGCUGGGAUAGUGAUGCGGUGGGCUCCGUCGCAAGCAGCAGUGUUGCUUUGAAGGUUACUCCUGGCAGUGACUCCUACACACAGUUCACUCAGAUUUAUCCCGUCACCAUUGUGCCUACUUCGUACAUGAUCAGCCCAUUGAGUGGUGGACCAUUGGAAGUAGUGCAAGGCACUGCAAGCACUGAUGAGCUGUUAGCAAAGCUGCAGUCUGCUCAGGAGAAACUGACCAGCGCGGGCUCAGCAAUGGCUGCUAACACGGCCGGUGCUGCUCCGGCUCAAGCAAGCGCUGCUGCCACUGCGCCUGCGCCACAAACAGCAUCGGGGGCAGCGGCCUCAACCACCCCUGCUGCCCAGCAGCCCUCUAACGAAGACAAGAUUGCAAAAGCACGUGAGCUGAUUGCUAUGAAGCGGCAGCAGCGACAAGAAGAAGAGAAGCAGAAAGAUUUGGAUUCCGAACUAUCUCGUCGUGAAUCUGGCAAAAAGCUACAGGAAUACAAAGCCCAGCAAAAGUCACGCGAAGCAUCAGACCGAAGAAAGGAGAUGCAGAGAGAGAAAGAUGAAGCAGAUAGAGCUCGCGAGGAGAUCAGGAGGAAGAUAGCAGAGGACAAAGCAGCCCGACGGCAGAAGCAGUCGGGAUCAGCGGCAGCCUCGGCAUCGAGUGAACCUGUGUCUGCUACUGCUGCUGCUGCUGCUGCUCCGUCAGUGGCACGGCCACCAUCACUUCCGAGCGAUAUGGCCCGCAUACAGUUCCGAUUUCCCGACGGCUCAUCGCUUACCGAGGACUUCUCUUCCACUACCCAGCUGAGCGUAGCACGGCAAUUCGUUGCAGAUCGCGUGUCGGAUCGCUUCCCGAACGGAUUCAGUCUGUGCACGACUUACCCACGCCAGGAGUUGACAUUUGAAGUGGACGACCAGACACUGCAGGAGUUGCAGUUGUCACCUCGCAGUGCCGUGCUUGUUCUGCCCAAGACGACCGGAAAGCAGCGCAGAGGUGGUUCAGGUGCUGGUGCUGCCACGGCACUGUCUCCCGACUCUGGCGUGUGGAAGAUCAUCAUGAUCCCGCUGCUACUGCUGCAGGCCAUCUGGCAGUGGCUUACCGGGUCGGCUGCAUCUUCCUCUUCGCCGUCCACACCCGCGCCAUCAGGCAGCCAAGCGGCGUCACAGCCCAUGCCGCAGGCAUCAUCGUCCGGUGAUGCGGCUGAAGCACGGCAACGGCGAGGGAGAGGACCUGAGACAGGGUCUUCAUUUGGCGUUUCGAAAGAGGGUCGAGUAAACCGCUUCAAACCGAAUGACGGUGGGGAUGAGGACGAUGACAUGGGAACAUGGAAUGGAAACUCAACGCAACAACAGUAACUCUACAAAUUCUAACUUCCAUAAACAACUUGCUCACAAAACACACGUUUAUAAAAUUGCCUUGCUUUUGCCUUCUUUUUUCUUUUUCCGCUGAUGCCCGCACUAUGCUGUCGAAACUGCUACCAGAACUGCCUAUUGUCUUAUUAUGUUCUUACUUUUCAAACGGGUACAAGCAAUUAUUUGUACAUGUCACACAGUUCAGUUGUGAGGACAUUCUUGAGUCAGGAGUGCACUAUGGAUACCACUCGCCACGA